AUGUACAGGCAGUCCCCUAGUAGGACCCAGAGAUCCAAGGGAAUCAAGAUUAAGCAUGUUCUGCAAAUUUGUUUAUUGCUUGCUGUUUGCUUUUGGUUGAUAUACCAAGUCAAGCAUUCCCAUGAUAAGAAGAAAGAAUUCGAUGAAAGUGAUUCGAAAACUUCACUUAAUAGAGCAAGUAGCAAUGAAAUUUUAACACUUGGGAGGAAAGACAUCCGCCCUCGAGUGGAAGAAACAGUUACUAAGAAAGGGAAACAUGAUGAAGCAGCAAUAGAACAGGAAACCAUUGAAGAAGAAGUAGAAGACAAUAAGCAUGAAGAAGAUGAGCAAGAAAUCAAGAAAGCCGAUCAGAAAGAAGAUGAAGGGACAAGAGGUGAAGGGGACGAGAUAAAUGAGCACGAACAUGUGAAAUCGGAUGCAGAAAUUGAUAGAGAAGAGGAAUUUAUAGACGAAGAGAAGGAAGGACAUGAGGGUGAUGAGAACAGCACAGAAGAAAAAUAUUCUGACGAGAAUAAUGGUGAAACGGUGAAGGAAGGUUUGGAGGACAAUGAUCAUGAUAGAGAUGAACAUAGUGCACGUGAGGAAAAUUACAAGGCUGACGAUGCUUCUAGUGCCGUGGCACAUGAUAAUCAAGUCAUAGAUCCUGAAAACGAGAAUGGAAGCUUAGAAAACACUAAGGAGCAGCCCAAAACCAACAUUUUUGGACGGGAAAAGAAGGAGAACAGCGGUGAGGGAAUCAGUUUAGGUGACAAAAGAACAGAUUUAGAGGUGAAGGAUGGCGAUGUGGCUAAAAGUGACAAUCAGUUCAAUGUGACAACCAAUGAAGCAGAGGAGAAUCAGAAAGAAAACUUUGAUAACAGCUCACUUUCAAAUACAACAUUAACAGAAGGGACCAUUGAUCAUAGAGAAACAAGCAACAACUUGUCAGAGGUGAGAAUGGAGAGUCAUGAUCCGUCCUUGCUGAAUGGAACCGGGAGCAAGUUGGAAUUAAAUCAUGGUCAGAACGUGUCUGUUGGGGGUACAACAUCAGGGGAGGCCAAUAACUCCUCUUCAGAUGAGGAUAAUAAUCAUGUUGAUUCUAAUUCAACACUUCUUGUCAAAAAUAAAGACUCGGAAUCAAGCUUGGGAGAGUUCUCUGAUUCAUCUAAUAAUUCAAAGUCAUCUGUAUCUGAAAAUAUCGGAUCGGAGUUAUCUGUAGAAGCAGGAAAUAAGACUGAAUCUUUAACAGAAAAGAAUGAUGCUACUGAGGUUGAUAAAUCAGAUACCUAUGGCGGAACAGAUGAAUUCUCUGACCAGACUUCUGAGGAAGUUCAACAUGACCCCAUCAUUUCAUCUGAUUCAUCCAAUUCCUUGGACGAGAAAGAUGUCCGCACAGAUCUUGAAACCCUUCCGGAUAUACAAACUGCAGGAACUAGCAUCGAAGAUGCUGCAGCAGAAUGA